AUGAUUAAAUCUAUAAAAUCAUCUAGUUGGAAUUUUGGUAAAUUACCACGUGUAAGAGCUGAACAUUUAUUAACCAAUGAAUCUAUUGGAACAUUUCUUAUACGUGAAAGUGAACAUUAUCCAGGAGAUUUAACAUUAUCAAUUAAAGAUGAAAAUCGAAUUCAACAUUAUAGAAUUAAAUUUGAUUUAAUUAGUCGAAGUUAUACUAUUGAUGAUGAAAGUUUUUUUUCUGAUCUUCAUUCACUUGUUCAGCAUUAUGAAAUUGAUGCUGAUGGAUUAUGUUGUCGUCUAGAAAAAGUAUUAAAUGAUAAACAUGAUACGAUUGAUUCAAUUAAAAUACAAAAAUCUAUAUCACCUGUAGUAAUUGUUCCAUCUCAAAUAUCAACAACUAUAGAUUAUAGAGAACUACAAAUUGGAAAACUUGUUGGAUCAGGAGAAUUUGCAGAAGUAUACGAAGGUAUAUAUAGAAAAUCUCGUGUAGCAAUUAAAGUAUUGAAAGAGACGAAUUCUACAGAAUUGUUUCUUCAUGAAGCUGAUAUUAUGAGUUCUUUAAAACAUCGAAAUCUUGUUCAACUUUUGGGUAUUGCACAAAAGUCAGAUAAUGUUUUUUAUUUAAUUACUGAAUUUAUGACCAAAGGUUCACUUCUUCAUUAUUUAACUACACGUGGUAGAACAAUUAUUUCUCAAAAAGAUUUACUUGGUUUUUCAAUUGAUACAUGUGAAGGCUUAGCUUAUUUGGAACAAAAUCAUAUUGUUCAUCGAGAUAUAGCAGCAAGCAAUGUAUUAAUUGCUGAUGAUAAUACAGCGAAAAUCUCAGAUUUUGGUUUAGCUAAAUCUAUUGAAAUAACCGAAAAAGAAAAUGGAGAUAGUAUUAUUACAGAUAAAAUCAAAUGUCGUACAAAAUGGACUGCACCUGAAGCACUUGAAUCAAAAAAAUAUACAAAUAAAAGUGAUAUGUGGUCUUAUGGUAUUCUUCUCUGGGAAAUAUUUUCUUAUGGACGAUGUCCAUAUCCUCGUAUACCUGCUGAUGAAGUAUUAAUAAAUUUAAAAGAAGGUUAUCGAAUGGAACCACCAGAUGGUUGUCCAAUAGAAAUAGGUGAUAUUAUGCGUCAAGCAUGGCAUGUGAAUCCUGAACGACGAGCAUCAUUUAAUCAAAUACUUGAACGACUUAAACGUAUAAACAUAUCUUGUUAA